AAGAAAACCCAGACAUGCCAGCCAAGAAAAAAAACAAGAUUACAAGAAGAGCCUCAAACCCAUGGACAUGCUUCCUGAAAAGGACACUGACAGGAAAAAGCGCGAACCCAAAUGCCAUCCAGGAGGCAUCGAGACAGUACAAGCUGUUGGAAACAGAGGAUCCUGGCCUUUUGGCAGAACUGAAGGAAGAGGCCAAGAACAACAAAAAAACAACGGUGGAGGAUCUCAACCAAGAGGAAAAGGAACUGGAAGCCCAACGGCUGUACAAGGAGCUGUGUAAAACUGUAAACAAGCUGCACAGAUGUGGGUGGGAGGGCAUGGGUGUUUUCUACUCAGCCCUCUCAAACAAUGUGACCACAUGUGGGACACCAAAAGGCGAGAGCUUCCUGGACGACAAUCCACAGAUGCUCCUACGAUUUGGAAGCCUGGCUUCAAGUGGAAAGUAUGGUGAAAGAAAGAAGGAAAGUGUCGAAGACCUCCGGGCUAGAGUGAGAGACAUUUUGAACAACAAAUGGUAUCUUGCAACAAAGGAGAAGCACUUCUCAUACAAGAAGUUUUUGGAGGGAAAAGUGGAGGUAGAGGGACUGCCAGAUGGUGUGGACCUGAAAAACCCAUGCGACAUGGGUUCUACAAGUCUGAGGGCCAUCAUUGGGAGUCAGGACACCAUUGUGGUCCGUCCCGUAACUGCAGAACAAGACGAGUCUUUACCAGCACACAACCACGUCGAGUUGAACGAAGACCAUGGAACUCCCACAGCUGGACAGCUGCUGAGGUCUGUAGCAGAGGGCCUAGCUGAGGCAGGACAGGAGAGGGCUGAAGUAAGCCUUGUGGGGGAAACAGCAGCAGUCAACCCCGAGGAGACAGACACACAGAACACACAACCCUCCCCAACCCCAACCACUGGAAAGAAGACUGGUGCUACAGCAGUCAACCCUGAGGAGACAGACACACAGAACACACAACCCUCCCCAACCCCAACCACCGGAAAGAAGACUGGUACUGCAAAAAAGACAAAAGCAGUCAACUCGAAGAAAAAAACACAGAACAAACGACGACCACCAAGCAAGUCCAGUGCUGCAAAAAAGAAAAAGACAACUCAACAGAACAUUCCAGGGCUAGAGCCAGACGACUUCAGCUCAGAUGAUGACAGGCCAUUGUCAAAACUUAAAAGCAAUCGUGACACACCAGCUUCGUAGGCACGCAGCACAGCAGCAGCUGGCUACAUUGCACCAAACUGUAACAUCUAAUGGUUACCCAUGAACAACUGACUCUAAACAUUGUUUAAAGCUACGUUGAUGAAGGUUAGACAUCCAGCUCAUAGGAAAUUUAUGAUAGAUAUUAUGAUAGAUUGAUAGUUAUAGAUAUAAAUACAUACUACCAGGGGAUAGUAGUUUUAGGAAAGAAUGACUUUUCAAACACCUCAAUCCUUGGUUGAUAACUCUGAUACUUGAAGGUAUGACUACUAGUAUUUCUAGUUCCUUUCAGGGUUGGUACUAGAUACUUAGUAGGAAUAAACAGUUGCAUUAAUCUGUAAGAGGUCAGUGACCUAAAUGCUUAAGUGUUGAAGUGUUGGAAAAAGAACAAAAUCAGGACAAAAUAAAGAGCAGUUCAUCUUUUAUUCACAAUGUGAUCUUUGUGUUUUUAACCCGAGUGGACCUAUCUUUGAGCGACAAGGUCAUUACAUGUUUUUCCGAUAAUUUUAACAAUAAUUAUAGCCAUUAAAAUUAGGUGUGAAAUGUGUGAUUGUAUUUGACAUUUUGUAAUCUGCUCCAAAACUGACAGCUGUGAGAGCUGCAUUUUUAAGGCACCAUGCUUGUUAUGGUACUGUACAAAAUACUGGGAGCUCUUUUCCAAAUACUAGUAUAUAUAGAUUUGAUCAUUUAUUUUGCACGGGAUGUAAACCAAUUGGCAAAACCUAUUUUUCCACCUUUUUUUUCUCAAAGUUGCACCUAUGUAGCAAGAACCAGCAUACUCCAUGGUCAGCAUGGCAGGCUAGGGGUAGUCCAGCGGUCUGCUUUCUUCAAAUACUG